AUGUCGAGACCAUCCACCUACACCGCCCGCAAGGUCGGUGCUCCCCACACUCUCGAGCACCGCAUUUAUAUCGAGAAGGAUGGCGUCCCCGUUUCGCCCUUCCACGACAUUCCACUGUACGCCAAUGAGCAGCAGACCGUGCUGAACAUGGUUGUCGAGAUUCCUCGCUGGACCAAUGCCAAGCAGGAGAUCUCCAAGGACGAGGAGCUCAACCCCAUCAAGCAGGACACCAAGAAGGGCAAGCUCCGCUUCGUCCGCAACUGCUUCCCUCAUAAGGGAUACCUCUGGAACUACGGCGCCUUCCCUCAGACCUGGGAGGACCCCAACGUCACCCACCCCGAGACCAAGCAAAAGGGAGAUGACGACCCGCUGGACGUUUGCGAGAUUGGAGAGCUGGUCGCAAAGCCCGGUGAGGUGAAACAGGUCAAGGUCCUCGGUGUCAUGGCUCUGCUCGAUGAGGGCGAGACUGACUGGAAGAUCAUCGUCAUCGACGUCAACGACCCGCUCGCUCCUCGUCUUAACGAUAUUGAGGAUGUUGAGCGUCACCUUCCCGGCCUUUUGCGUGCCACCAACGAGUGGUUCCGCAUCUACAAGAUCCCAGACGGCAAGCCCGAGAACCAGUUCGCCUUCUCCGGCGAGUGCAAGAACCGCAAGUACGCCAUGGAGGUUGUCCGUGAGUGUGCUGAGGCUUGGGAGAAGCUCAUCACGGGCAAGAGCAACAAGGGUGGCAUCAACCUCACCAACGUCAGCGUCCCCCAAAGCGCCGACCGUGUCGACCCAUCCCAGCUGUCCAUUCCAGCUCACGAGGACAAGGCUCCUGCCCCGAUUGAUUCGAGCAUUGACAAGUGGUUCUACAUUUCUGGAGCUUCUGCUUAG